AAGCUGCAGCUGCGUGCAGAAAUAAGGCGCCAUCCGGGCGGACGUUAUCUCCUCUGCAGGCGGACUUGUCUCCUUUGGACCGAAAACAAACACUCCUGUCAGACAGACGUGCGUUCACUCAAGUGUUUGCCUGACAGGACGUUUGCAGCCGCUGUGCACGUUGCUAGUGCGCAGAAUUUUGCACAUUGAUACAGUUUCUGGUUGAUCUAAUUGCAUGAAACUAAAUGUGUGCGCGCUGACUUUUAUUUAGCGCCGCGGAUGGCUCCGGCGGUGGUGAUGCCAUGUUAGGGGCGUAAUCUCCUGCGCACUUUCUAAAAAAGCAUCUCACGCUCGGUGAUGCGCUGGAGGUGAGGCUGCUGAUGCAGAGGGAUGCGGGGGCAGGCAGACUCUGCCAUCUGCCUGUCACGCUUGUUGUUAUUAAUCAAAGAGGCGCUGUCAGACUGGCACAUCCAUGAAGAGACGGAGCAGGUACCCAAACGUGUGACACGCCAGAAGGAAAACAAGAAAUCCCAAACUCCCAGAGCUUUGUAGACUGAAUAAAAUCACACAGGACUGCUGUGGUUUAUUCAUACUUAAAGCUGGUUUUAUCCCAAGAGGCGAGGAGUCCAACACUUGGAUGAACUGUGGGAGGAGAGAGCACAGUCGGGCUGUCAUGUAAGCCGUCUCCUCGGGGGCCGGUGCUCAGUUCGCGCUGCUUCCUGCCUCAGGUAGAAAGAAGCCUCAGAGUUUCUGCAGCUGAAGCAUCAGGCGGACCUCCUCUCCUCUCCUCUCCCUGCAGCUCAGCAGGCAAACACAUCCUCCCUCAAAGCACCAGCAUGGAGAAGAUCUGCUCAGAGUGUACAGAGCUGACACUUGCUCAGAGUCUCUGCACGCUGUGCAACAAGUGGUUGUGCUACCAGUGCACUGAUGUGCACCAACACCAGAGGGCUCCUGCUUCCUCCCAGUACGCCGACUCAUACCAGCAGCCGAGGCCCAGUGCUGCCCAGUGUCCUGAGCUGCACCAGAGAGGCUCCAGCUCCAUGCCCGCUACUGGACAAGGCCCGGGGUCGUAUCCUUGCACCCUCCUCAUGUGCCACUUGCACAGACAGGAGCCCUUGGAACUUUUUUGUGAGUCAUGUGACCUUCUGUGCUGCAGCAGCUGUCACCUGUCCUCCCACAAAAACCACAGGGUGGUGCCGAUUGGAAAGGCUCUGCAGGAUCAGCAGUGGCUGUUUGAGAGCCUGAUGAUGCAAGUAGAAGAGAGAAGGUCUUCAGUGGAAAAUAGCGCUAAACAAAUAGAGGACAGACUGCAUGGAGUAAAGAUUGCACACAGAAAGGCAGAGAACCAGAUUAAAAUGGCAAAGAUGAUUAUGAUGAACGAGCUCAACAAACGAGCCAACCUAUUAAUAGAGCAACUGGAGAAGAUUUCUGAAGACUUUCAGCAGCGUCUGGAGGACCAGCUGCAGGGGGCAAUAGAGAUCUGUGGCCAGCUGGACCACAUUCAGAAGUUCAUCACCUGGGCCUCGACCCAUCACUGCAGAGGCCCGGUGCUUUUCAGCAGGGCUCUGAUUUCCCUCCAGAUGAGGCAGCUGCUUGAGGCGUCGCUCCACACGGACUCCUGGAGUCCCGUCAAGAUCAAGUUUAACUGGGAUGCAAGUUACUGGACAAAGCAGGUUUCAUCUUUAGGCCAGUUGACCGUUGAUGGGGGAAACUGCACGUAUCCUUCAGGUUUGGCCUGUUCCAGCAUUAUGAGGCCCCAGCCCAUCUCCUGCUUGGCUCUGCCUGGUGUGUUCCACAGAGGCAGAGAGCCAGGCUGCGGGUACCAGGCCUGCUGCGAGCCUCAGAUGUGUUGCCUGCAUGGUGUUCCCCCUCAGCCUGAUCCGUCCAGUCAGGACAAAAGCCAGAUGGAGCCUACGCUUUACAGCUCCAGCUGUAGUCAGCCUGCUCUGAUCUCUGCUUCACUGCACCAGAGUCAGCAGCUCCAGAGGUUUUGGGACACAGAGAGUUCCUUACAGUUCCCCCCUCCUACAUCUCCUCUCCCCGGACCCAUCCAGGCCAGCCGCAGCCGAGGAUCAGCAUCACAGUCUCAAACAUCUGACUCCCUAGCCCACUCUCAGUCUGUACCAUACCCCUCCUGUCAUCAGCCCUGGAAAGAAGUAGCUCCAGACAGCCAGACCCCCUUCAGUACAGGCCGUGGCAGGCCGGGCCAGUGUAAGGAGAAGCUGUCCGCUGGCCCUGCUUCACAGCAGGAGGUCAGCCCCAAAGUAAUAGAAAGAGAUGUGGUGACUGAGGAAAGCCGGGGGGAGAGGCGCAGAGAGGAGGAGGAGACAUGUGGACGGACAGCAGAGGCUGGAAGUAGAGAGCUGCUGGACGAGGAGCUGGAGGCUGAUGGAAGGAUGCAGAGUCCAGCCCAGCAGCAGCAAAAACAGCUUCAAGCGUCUUUGGCAGCAGAGCAAAUACGAACCCGACCUGCACUGAUGCUGAAAGAUCACAGAGGUGGUAAGAGGUCCACAUCCCUGGAGGUGUCUGCAGCAGCCCACGAGUGUGUGUCUGACUUGCAGAGCUGCAGGCUGAGCACUAGUUCUGCGUGCGCGAGGAGGAAGAGGCGCUCCAGGAGCAUCCCUACAGAGCUGACAGCCCCAUCCUCCAGCCCCUACUCUGAAAUGCCUGCAGGAUGCUCUGACAGCCGAGAAACAGGAGCUGCAAAGAAGUUUGACGUGAUGGAUCCCAAACAAAGAAGAGCUUCAGAUGGAGUGCUUUGUGUUGUCAGGGAAACGGACAAGCCCCCAUCCAGAGGGCACCUGUCACCUUCUCUACCCUAUAAACUAGAGCCAGAUCAUCCAGCAGCUUCUGUAAACAAAGAGAAAACUGAUUAUGGAGCAAACGAGAAGCACAGAAUAUCAAGAAACAGCUUCAGCAGUAACGGAGGAGCGGUGAAGGACUUAGGCCGGCCCAGGGUGCCCGUAGUUUGCUUAGAGCGCCUCAAAAUACUCGUUUCACAACUUCCACCGCACGGACGAAGACAGAGUGACCCGCUGCCCGCCAGCGAGACGGACAAGAGCCAAAGCAUCCCUCAGCAGAGAACCUGGCACUUGGGGAUGCAAGAAGGACUACCUGGAGGGCCUGUCACCAGGAGGACCACCCGCUCACUCACAGCUCCUCCAGGCACAGAGCCGCACGCACACAGCCAGUCAUCAGCAUCUUCAAACAGCAGCGAAUGUGACAGCCACGACAGCAGAACGAGACUCGUCUCUCACAGCACAUCCACACCGCUUCCCACCGACUCCCACUACAUGUCACAGUGCUGCUCUGUGCUUGAUCUGGACUCUGACUCGGAUCCCAGGUCCGUUCCAGAGAAUCCCACCAUUUCACCGAUCCUUCUAGACCUACAGCUAAACUCAGGUGCAUCGGCGGAGUCUGACUCAAGUGCACACUCUUCAUCUGAGGCUGAAUUUGAGCAUGUGGCCGAGAGGAAGCCAGCAGCGGCAGCCGAGGUGAGGCCGUGCGGGGACUCAGAGCCGAGUCUGGAUUACGAGGCCGACCCAGAUCCAGACUCGGAUGGAGAUUCGGAGGAUGGUCGAGGUCUGGAUGCUGAUGCUGAAACGGAGUCCGAUACCCAGCCAGAGUAUGAUCCAGGUAUUCUGGCUGAAACCGAUUCCGACGUCGUGUCCGGACCGCCCCCAGACUCUCAGGGCUCCUUGGAGUCCGAGCUUGACUUGGAAUCUGAACCGGAGCUGACGAGUGAUGAGCCACAGCCGCUUCGCUCUGACCUGGAGGAGGAGCUCCCGACCGGUCCGGCCAAGAGACCGCUCCUAAUCGCAAACCCUGGUGCUCAGCGGGGUACGGAGGACAUCCAGGCCGAGCAGGAUGUGGAUGAGAUGGAGAGCGAGGACUUUUGCGCCGUUUGUCUGAUCGGAGGAGAGCUGCUGUGCUGCGACCGCUGUCCUAAAGUGUUCCACUUGUCCUGCCACAUCCCACCUCUGCUGAGCUUCCCCACAGGCGACUGGGUGUGCAGCCUGUGCAGAGAUGUUGUCCAGCCUGAAGUUGAGUACAACUGUGAGAAUGAGAAAACAUCUGGAGGACACACAGCCCACGGACUGUCUGCACGUGACCAGAGAAAAUGCGAGCGGCUGACUCUCCUGAUGCUCAGCAACAUCUUGAGCUCUCCCUUCCACGAGCCCGUCAGUCCACUAGCCCGCCAUUACUACCAGAUCAUCAAAAGACCAAUGGAUCUGUCUGUGAUCAGAGCUAAACUCAGUAAAGGGAAUCCCAAACAUUACAACUCUCCAGAUCAGUUCGUCUCUGAUAUCUGCCUCAUGUUCCGCAACUGUGCAAAGUUUAAUUAUCCCGACUCUGAGGUGGCCCAAGCGGGCCGCAGCCUGGAGGCUUUCUUCACCUCCAAGCUGCAAGAUGUCUUCCCAGACAGAGUCUUCCCCGCAGCUGAGGUGGACUCAGACAGCGACGAGUACGACGAGGCCUACAGGACCGCUGAGGGGGGCUUCCUCUGGCCGGAGAAGAGGGAGCAGUGUCACAGGAAGAGGAAAAGGAGGCAGUCGCUCAAGUCAAGGAGACAUCACUUCUAAUUUACAGGAAAAAUUCUCACAUUAGAUAAUUAUUUUGUAAUCUUGACAAGAUUUUCCUCCUAUAAUCAUGAAUUUAUAUUGUGGUUUGCAGUAAUACAACCGUGCUGCCAUCUGAUGGCAGCUGAACAUAUUGACACUUUAAAUACUGGUGCAGGCAGCUGAUUAAAGGAGCAGAGAGUGUGUAAAAGUGAUGAAGGCAGCAUGCAGCUGUCUGGAUGUGCUUACUGAGUUGCUCCUGUAGCCAUAAAACGUGUAAUGCUGUAAAAGUUACUUUUGUUGUAUCACAUUAUAACCCUGUACUCUUUGUUCUGGAUGCACUGUUCUGUGUAUGUAACGAAAAUCAUGCACGCUUUUAUGCUACAUGCUGUGUUUUACAGGCAGGAAACUCUUACGGGAAGGUUUGUUUUGCGUCUAGUUUAGGACUUUUUCAGGGUAUUAUUGAAUGCUGUAAUUUUUCCACAAACGUUCUACAUAUUCUACAUUUUUGCCUGUGGAGAACUUAAUUCUGAGUUGAAAUGGUUGCAAACAGUUUUUUAGGUUAGGUCUUGAUGCACUUUGGGAUCUUGUAGCGUUUUUCUUACUAAAGCGGCAGCAAAUAUUUUCCACCUUUGUGUUUUUGAGCUGAGUAAAGGAGAACGUGAGCACUAAAACCUGUUAGAGCUCGCCAGAGCAGAUAUAUCGAUAUAGUUUUAUGUCUUUAUGAAUAAAGUAAAAAAAAAUAAAUGUGGACCUUGUAUAAAAAUGUCAGUUUCACCAGUUUUUUGUGGAAACCGUGUAAAAAUUUAAUAUCUAAAUAACUCAGGCUUAAUGAAAGUGUAUGGUAUUAAAAAUAUUCAGUAUAUUAAAAUGUCCCUGAUGUUUGUAGAGCCAGUAUGUAAUUUUAUAAGACCUUAGAGCAUUUUAACGCUUUUAUUGAUCACUGCAGCUUAAACAUCUGAUAUAAAUUCACGUAAGAGUCCAGAAUGCACAGAAUAUGGGACGAUCAAAUGUAACUACGGUUUCUGUUUCAAAUGUUUGUUUCCUUCUUUUGUGUUAUUGUAAUAAUCUACAAUAAAUACAACUGUUAAAACAA